ACGAUGCUUAAUCAGCCGACGAAUUCAGAGCAUUAAUUCUUUGAGUUCUUCUUCCUGGACCAGCAGUAAAUAAUGAAGGGAGAGGACAGGUGGUUGUUGGGGAGUGGUCAAAUUCGACCAACAAAAUAAUCACAAGCUAAUCCUCAUGGCGGGGAAUUAGUCUACCAUUUCAAGCUCCGGGUUUAAUUGUACAGGGAGAGACGGGGGGAGAUGCUGAGAGCGCCUCGUCACACACAGCUCCGAGUGCUAGUUGAACUCCGCACUGUGGGGGUCUUGCUAAAGCAGAUUGCUAUCUUCUCUGUCGAGUGAAGGAUUGUAACUGCUGGAUCAGAAGAUGGCAAUCUUCCGGUUGUUUGUGACGAGCAUUUUACUGUUACUUGGAUGUAUGUCAAUUGGAGAAGCAAGUUAUGCCAGCUACAAGGAUCCAAGAAAGCCACUGAACGUUAGGAUCAGAGAUUUGAUGAGCAGGAUGACUCUAGCAGAAAAGAUUGGGCAGAUGGCACAAAUUGAUCGUGUACUUUCAACCCCUGAUGUAGUCAAGAGUUACUUCAUAGGCAGUUUGGUGAGUGCCCCUGGAGCUUCCCCUCGCCCUCAAGCUACUGCACAGGAUUGGAUUGACAUGGUAAAUGAGUUUCAGAAAGGAGCUAUGUCUACUCGUCUCCAAAUCCCGAUGAUCCUCGGUAUAGAUGCUGUUCAUGGACAUAGCAACGUCUAUGGAGCUACCAUCUUCCCUCACAAUGUUGGCCUUGGAGCUACCCGGGAUCCUGACCUUGUAAAAAGGAUUGGUCAGGCAACAGCCUUGGAAGUUCGAGCCACUGGCAUCCCUUAUACUUUUGCUCCUUGUGUUGCUGUUUGCAGGGACCCAAGAUGGGGCCGCUGCUAUGAGAGCUUCAGCGAGGAUCCUCAGCUUGUUGAAGCUAUGACUGAUAUAAUUCCUGGUCUACAAGGAGACUUGCCGCCAAACACAAGAAAGGGUGUCCCUUUUGUAGAUGGAAAUCGCCAUAUAGCAGCCUGUGCAAAGCACUAUGUUGGCGAUGGUGGAACACAUGAUGGAAUCAAUGAGGGUAAUACCAUCAUUGACCUUCCUGGAUUGCUUAAGAUCCACAUGGCUCCUUAUUAUGCUGCUGUCUACAAAGGUGUUUCAUCCAUCAUGGUCUCUUAUUCGAGCUUCAACGGGAAGAAAAUGCAUGCAAAUCAUGGUUUGGUUACUGAUUACCUCAAGAACACACUCAAAUUUAGGGGUUUGGUUAUUUCCGAUUGGCAGGGUAUUGACAAGAUCAACUCUUCCCUGGAUGCAAACUACACAUAUUCUGUUUAUGAAGGAAUUAGUGCUGGCAUUGAUAUGGUCAUGAUUCCCUGGGCCUACACUACAUUCAUUGAUGACCUUACCUAUCUUGUUAAAUCUAAAGCCAUCCCAAUGAGCAGGAUUGAUGAUGCAGUUUACCGGAUCUUGCGAGUAAAGUUCACAAUGGGCCUUUUUGAAAGGCCCUACGCUGAUCACAGUUUGGUUAAUGAGCUCGGUAGCCAGGCUCACAGAGAAUUGGCAAGAGAAGCAGUGAGAAAAUCACUUGUCUUGCUUAAGAAUGGAAAGGAAGGUAGCAAACCUUUAUUGCCACUUGACAGGAAGGCUCCAAAAAUCCUUGUGGCCGGGACCCAUGCCAAUAACUUGGGAUAUCAGUGUGGUGGUUGGACAAUUCUAUGGCAAGGUGUAACUGUGAAUAAUGCCACCAGAGGAACAACUAUUCUCAGUGCAGUGAAAUCCACAGUGAGCCCCAACACCAAGGUUGUCUAUGAAGAGAAUCCUGAUGCUGACUUUGUCAAGAGGAAUCUAUUCUCAUAUGCUAUUGUCGUUGUUGGAGAGAUUCCUUAUGCCGAAUCAAUGGGUGACAGCAAGAACCUGACCAUUAUUGACCCCGGUCCUUCUGUGAUCCAAAACGUUUGCAGAUCCAUCAAAUGUGUAGUCAUCAUCAUCUCAGGCAGGCCUGUAGCCAUUGAGCCAUAUGUAUCACAAAUUGACGCACUGGUUGCCGCAUGGUUACCAGGUACAGAAGGCCAAGGAGUUGCAGAUGUGCUCUUUGGUGACCAUGGUUUCACAGGAAAGCUGCCACGGACAUGGUUUAAGCAUGUCGAUCAGCUGCCAAUGAAUGUCGGCGACAAGCACUACGACCCACUUUUCCCAUUUGGCUUUGGCCUGACCACAUUCCCUGCAAAGGCUAGUUAGAGAAAGCGCUGCUAAGUUUCAAAAUAGCUAUAAGGCAUCAUUCAUGAAAAAUUUUGGGAUUUAUCAACAAUCGUGAGACAGUAUCAUUCAGAGCACUUCUACCUUUCAUGACUUUGCUUGUGAUACUUGAACUAUUAGCCUGGACUUCUUGUUCAAGUAAGAUGGGUGCAUGUUCCUGAAUUUGUCCUCUGAUACAGUUGAUGCAUAUCAAAAGCGACCAACAUCUGGAUUUGUAGAAUUCAUUUGAAUCCAUUUUGCUGCUCAA